GCGAGCACCGGGCGACCGGAUUUGCGGUUGACGAUGACGACGAUGUCGCUUGUCGAUGCGGCGAGAGUCGAGAGCGACGCGCAGCCGGGAGCGGUGAUGGCGACGUCGCCGGAGUUCCCGGCGAGGCAGCAGCUGAGUGACUCAUCCUCGUCAGGUGGCAGCAUCAGCAGGAGCAACACGGCCUCCAGUUCCUCCUCCGUCUCGCCGCGUGUCGCAUGGAAGAAGGGAAACCUGUUGGGUCGCGGCGCAUUCGGGAUGGUGUGGUGCGGCCUAACAAGCCUUGGAGAACUCAUAGCUGUAAAGCAAAUAGAGUUUGGCACAGAGACCUGGGAUAAGGCACAGCAGGAGUAUGAGAGGAUACAAGAGGAGGUGGAACUUCUAAAAACUCUUAACCACAGAAACAUUGUAGGCUAUCUGGGUACAAGUUUAGAUGGAAACGUGGUGAACAUAUUCAUGCAGUUUGUGCCCGGAGGCUCACUUGCUGGUCUGCUGGCUAGAUUUGGAGCUCUGGAAGAAUCAGUGUUCUGUCAUUACACGCGCCAGAUACUGGAAGGAGUCGAAUAUCUGCACAGCAAUAAUGUUAUACACAGAGAUAUCAAAGGAGGAAAUAUCAUGUUGAUGCCAAAUGGGAUAGUGAAGGUCAUAGACUUUGGCUGUGCAAAGAAGAUAGUUCAGCCACUGAACCUGCAAAUUAAUUGCAACAAAGAAAUACUGAAAUCAAUGAAAGGAACACCUUACUGGAUGGCACCUGAAGUCAUCAAUGGCAGCUAUGGCAAGAAAUCUGAUAUCUGGAGCAUUGGGUGUACCAUCUUUGAAAUGGCUACUGGAAAACCACCAUGGGCUGAGAUGCUACCAAUAUCAGCUAUAUUUUACAUCGGCUCUGGACAAGCAGUACUGCAGAUACCCGAGAAAUUGUCGUCUGCCGCACAAGACUUCAUAAGGACGUGUAUGACCAGGUAGAUAGCUGCAUUAAUUAAAUCCAACUAAUUAAAUUACACAGGGUUGUGACAUUGUAUAAGUUGUGCAGGCACUGUUGAGAGAACUCUUCCGUUGAUUAAUUUUCUUUCGAUUUUUU